AUGCAUGCAAGCAAGCCUUACCUUUCCAAGUUCCUGGGAGGUUCCCGGGAACUCAACGGUGGUUCAUUGAACAGCAAUGAGAUGCAUUGCAUUGCGAAUUAUCCCGCUGGUACGGUGUUCCACUUUGGAUGUGAUUGGGUGGUUGGUUUACCUAAGGGGGGUAUCGGAUGGGUUCCAUAA